AUGACGCCGUCCGCGCUGUCUUCCGCUCAGGUCGGCUGCGAGCUCGGGCAGGAGGUCGGCUACUCGAUCCGGUUCGAGGACGUGACCUCAGAGGCGACGGUCCUCAAGUACAUGACGGACGGCGUGCUGCUGCGCGAGUCGCUCACAGAGCCCGACCUCGACAAGUACUCGGCCAUCAUCAUGGACGAGGCGCAUGAGCGCGGGCUCAACACGGACACGGUCGCGCGCCGCCGCGAUCUCAAGCUCAUCGUCACGUCGGCGACGAUGGACGCCAACAAAUUCUCCGAGUUCUUUGGCUCCGUGCCCGUCUUCAAGAUCCCAGGCCGCACCUUCCCGGUCGACAUUCUGUACGCCAAAGUGCCGCAGGAGGACUACCUCGAGGCGGCCAUCAAGCAAGCGAUCCAGAUCCACCUCUCGCAGCCCAAGGGCGACAUCCUCAUCUUUAUGACGGGGCAGGAGGACAUCCUCGCCACCUGCGAGGGCAUCAGCGAGCGGUUGAUCGAGUGCGGGGAAGGAGUGCCGCCCAUCCUGGUGCUGCCCGUCUACUCGCUCCUCCCGUCGGAGCUGCAGGCAAAGAUCUUCGACCCGGCGCCCGACGGCGCCCGCAAGGUCAUCGUGGCGACAAACAUCGCCGAGACAUCCCUCACCGUCGACGGCAUCUACUACGUCAUCGACUCCGGCUUCUGCAAGCUCAAGGUGUACAACUCGCGCAUGGGCAUGGACUCGCUGACGGUGUACCCGACCUCACAGGCCGGCUGCAAUCAGCGCUCCGGCCGCGCCGGCCGCACCGGUCCCGGCCGGUGCUACCGGCUGUACACCGAGUACGCGUACUCGCACGAGCUUCUCGUGCAGACGGUGCCCGAGAUCCAGAGGACCAACCUUGGCAACGUGGUGCUGCUGCUCAAGUCGCUCGGGAUCGACAACCUGCUCACCUUCGACUUCAUGGACCCGCCGCCGCAGGACAACCUCCUCAACUCGAUGUACCACCUUUGGUUCCUCGGCGCGCUCGCCAACACCGGCGAGCUCACGCCGAUGGGCCGCAGGAUGGUUGAGUUCCCGCUCGACCCCACUCUCGCAAAGAUGCUCCUCUUCUCGGAAGACCUCGGCUGCGUCGACGACGUCGCGACCGUCGUCUCGUGCCUCUCGAUGCCCACCAUCUUCUACCGGCCCAAGGAGCGCGAGGCGGAGAGCGACGCAGCGCGCGAAAAGUUCUUUGCGCCCGAGAGCGACCACCUAACGCUGCACAACGUGUACCUGCAGUGGCGGCGGAACAACUACCGCUCCGACUGGUGCAACAAGCACUUCAUCCACGCCAAGGCGAUGCGCAAGGUCAAAGAGGUUCGCGAGCAGAUCCUCGACAUCUGCAAGCAGCUCAAGAUGCGCGUCACCGCCUGCGGCUCCGACGUCGACCAGCGUUUCGGCGUCUAG